AUGGGUGUGGCUCAGGGCCUGGAAGCUGCCACCAACCUUGCCUCCAUCACCUCUGACUCCUGUCCACCUGCCAGCCAGACCCCAUCAGAGAGCUCUCCAACAGUUGGCUGUGAGCCAGCAGACUUGCAGCGGGAGAGGCGACACUGCCAACAAGAAGCUUUGCAACCAACCAAGAACUCCCGAGGCCCGGGAAGGCAGGCCGAGCGAGGGGCCCGGCCGCGGCCGCCCGGGGCCACCCGCACCCCUCCGCCCGGGUGCUGCCGGGCGGGCGGGAGACGAGGGAACCGCAGACGCCCCCACGCCGACGCCCUGCCACGCGGGGGGUCCACGGACCCGGCCGGCGGGCGCGUCCCCGGGUCCCGAACCGCGGCGCGCGCCCCCUCGGCCCGGCCCGCCCGCCGCGGCCGCCCGAGCCGCGCUCACCUGCCGCCGCCGCCGCCGCAGCUCCGCUCCCGCUCCGGCCGCCGCCGCCGCCGCCCGAGUGGCCGCGCCGCCGCGGGCGGGCUCGGGCUGCGCGGGCGGGGGCGGCGGAGCGGCCGCAGGCGCCCCCCGCUGGCCGCCCGGCCCAGCCCCGAGCUCCGCGACCCGGGCCCGCGGCCGGGAGGGAGGGCGGCCCCGGCCCCGGCCCCCGGCCCCCGGCCCCCCUCCGGGCGCCGCGUGCCGCCAGGCUGCUCGGGUUUCACCAGAAGCGCCGAAAACGCACGAGCGUCCCGCCGCCGCCGCCGCCUCCCCGCGCGGCUGUGGGAGCGCGCGGCCCGGCCCCCUCGGCACGGGAGCGAGGACGCAGAACCUCCCGAAACACACUUUCUUCCCCGCUGUCCCACACGUGUUCGGACGCGCCGGGUGCAGCCGCACCCCCAGAGGGAGACACUUUCUAGCAAAAUCUUUCAGCUGUCUCGGCUCCAGAGCCCCAUCCCACCCCCGCCAGGGGUCCGGCGCGGGGAGCCGCCCCGGCACCCGCGCGAGUCGGCCGUUAUUGACCUUCUCCUCUGGCACCGGGAACACCAAAACCCGCCUCAGAAAAUUUGGGGCGGAGGAGGGCGGGGGGUAAUAUCCCAGCUGAGAUUUCUGUCCGUCAGCGGCAAGCCCUGCCUGGUCCGUCACCUCCUCGGGCUCCCACAGCCUCUGGGUGUCCAGACGGUGGCCUUUGGCCCCCUGGGCUGGAGCCCUGGUGAGGUCACUGCUGCUUCCCGGGAGUUCACAGGAGCUGACUUCGGAGCUGUGUCCCGCCUACCUCCUGCAGCCCCUCCCCCUCAACCCCCCGGGAAGUCAGGGGACCCACCUGUCUGCCCCAAGGCCUCAAGAACAGCGAGUGCCUCAGCCCUGCGGCAGUGUGUUCUGCUGCAGGAGGUCAGCCCUGGAGAGUGA